AUGUCCACCCAAAAUUACAAAUUGGCCAUAGAAUGCCUGGAAACAAAUUACUAUGGAGCAAAAAGAGUGACCGAAGCUCUCAUUCCCCUGCUUCAACAGUCGGAUUCUGCAAGGAUCGUCAAUAUCUCUUCAUUUUUAGGACUCUUGCAGCAAAUUCCUGGGAAAUCAAUCACAGAUGACCUGGGAGACAUCAAGAGCCUGACAAAAGAUCGAAUAGAUGAUAUCCUGAAGGAUUUCCUGGAAGAUUUCCGACAGGGAAAAUUAAAAGCCAAAGGCUGGCCCGAGAAUAUCUCUGCAUACAAGAUGUCAAAAGCAGCCCUGAACGCUUACACAAGGCUCCUAGCAAAGGAGUUCCCGUCGUCCCUUGUGAACAGCGUUUGCCCGGGCUUUGUCAGGACUGAUAUGACCAGCAACAAUGGAGUUCUUGCUGCUCAUGAAGGAGCGGAGAGCCCCGUGCACCUGGCUCUUCUGCUGAAAACUGGGCCCUCCGGCCUCUUCUUCUCCAGGAAAGAAGUCUCUAAUUUCUGA